GAUAUCGCCGUCGUUUACUAAACGCCAAGUCUGUUACGUUCGUUCGGUCCGUCUUGUAUUUAUCGGUUGCGCGGCAAUAGUCGUCAGUUUUUUUUUUUUUAAUAAUAUUAAUUGGAAAAAAAAUCCAUGCGUGCGCGGCAAGAAACCGGUCGUCGGGAUUAAUUGUGCGUUUUUUUUUUUUUUUUAAUAUAUAUAUUUUUUCUAUCCAAACUGUUUAUUCCGUUCGACUUAACGUCCGACCGAAAGUGAUGUACGUAGCUGUGAACGAAAAAUGAAUAGCCGGCCAUCGUACUACCACAACCACUCGUCGUUCUCCAACAACUCGUUGUCGAUAUGUAAGGAGAUUCAACGGUUCGAAAGCGUACAUCCGUCUAUAUACGCCAUCUACGACCUGAUCGAACUCAUACCGGACCCGAUUGUCGCCCAGCAAAUCCGGGAUCAUGUUGUAUGCAUAGAAGAUUCGUUCGUCAACAGCCAAGAAUGGACGCUGUCCAGGACGGUGCCGGACCUGCGAUUGGGCAUAGUUGGAUCCCUGUCGUCCGGCAAAUCGGCUCUGGUCCACAGAUACCUGACGGGAUCUUACAUGCAAGAGGAGAGUCCCGAAGGCGGUCGGUUCAAGAAAGAGAUAUCCGUAGACGGCCACAGUCACUUGCUGUUGAUCCGUGACGAAGGGGGUUCGCCCGAACUUCAGUUUACGGCUUGGGUGGACGCCGUCAUAUUCGUCUUCAGCCUGGAGAGCGAGGCCAGUUUCAACGCGGUCUACGGUUACUACACUAAAAUGGCACAUUACCGUAACUCGGCCGAAAUACCUCUGAUCCUAGUCGGCACUCAGGACGCCAUAAGUGAAACGAAUCCAAGAGUGAUUGAUGACACCAGGGCCAGAAAGCUGGCGGCAGACCUCAAGAGGUGUUCGUACUACGAGACGUGCGCCACCUACGGCCUUAACGUUGACCGCGUUUUUCAAGACGCUUGCCAGAAAAUCAUCCAACAACGGUUGUCGGCCUCCACCAACUGUCUGUCGGACUCGAGGUGUUCGACUCCGGGAUCUUCGACGACCCCCGUAAGCGGCUGCGGCCCUUCGUCCUACAACCACCUGGCUUCCCCCGGAUCCAGGACCUUCUCCCAGGCUUCUUCGCCUUCCCCGCCAGUGCACGGUGCCUCGCCCGCCCACCACAGCGCGUUCAAAGACUCCGUGCUCCGUUCUAACCUGUCGUCCGCGCUCAACCGACAACCGCUGGAACUUUCCAUUGCGCUGGACAACAACAACGUGUCCAAGUCGUUCGACGUUCUUGCCGCUGCCAAAGACCUGCCCACGCCCAGUUCCACUCCGACCACCACCCGUAAAACCAGAAGGCGGUCGAACCUGUUCAAUCCGUCCAAAAAAGAAGACAAAAACCGCGUGCUGACCACCAGCGAGCUGGGCAGCGGACGGGCCAUACCCCUGAAACAGGGUUAUUUGUACAAGCGGAGCAGCAAAGGCCUGAACAAAGAAUGGAAGAAGAAGUACGUGACCCUCUGCGACGACGGUCGUCUCACGUAUCACCCGAGCUUGCACGACUACAUGGAAGACGUGCACGGCAAAGAGAUAUCGCUGCAGUACGUGACGGUCAAGGUGCCGGGCCAAAAGCCCCGGGGUUCCAAGACCAUCGCCUCGGCCGCCAACAACCACCACAGCAGCAGCAACGGCAUAUCCGAACACUUGUCCAAUAUUUCCAUAUCGAAUUUCCAGAUGAAAGACAAACGGACGGCCGACAAAGUGUUGCUGACCGCGUUCGAACUGCUAAAGGAACCCGGCUACAAAAACGGAUCCAGCAACGGGGACGAGUCUAACGUGGGCGUCUCCAACACGUCGUUGUCGGUGCACAACGGUGAACUUAAAGCCGAAACGCCCAACGUGAAAAAGAGACACAGGCGGAUGAAGAGCAGCAACAUGAAGAACCAAGAAUGCGAUGACACCGACGGCUUUGAGUUCCUUAUCGUUUCGUUGGACAACAAACAGUGGCAGUUCGAAGCCAACAGUUCCGAAGACCGCGACGAAUGGGUCGCCGCGAUCGAACAACAAAUUUUGAACUCUCUACAAAGCAACGAAAUCAAUAAAGUCAACGCCGGCGGCAAGUUCGGUUCGUCCAACCGCGCCGAAGACGUCCAGAGCAUCCGGACUAGGGUGCCGGGCAACGGCCAGUGCGCAGACUGCAGCUCUCCAAAUCCCGACUGGGCCAGUUUGAAUCUGGGUGUGCUCAUGUGCAUCGAAUGCUCGGGCGUACACCGCAACCUUGGCUCGCACAUAUCCAAAGUGCGGUCACUCGACUUGGACGGAUGGCCACCGUCCAACCUCAAGGUAAUGAUGGCCGUGGGCAACGAUUUGGCCAAUUCGGUAUGGGAGGCCAACGUCAGACCCACCCGGACCAAACCGAACCCGAGUUCGAGCCGGGAAGAAAAAGAACUGUGGAUACGUAGCAAGUACGAGACCAAAGAGUUCCUACCGGCGUUAAACCAUUCGCCUAGUUUGUCUCAACAACUGAUCGAUGCGGUUUGCAGGUGUGACAUGCGAGCCCUUAUAUUGGUAUUAGCUCACGCCUCUGCCGAUCAAGUGAACUGUGUCGUCAGCCAUAGAGAUUUGCGAACACCACUUCACCUAGCGUGCUCUAUGAUUAAUCUUGCCAUAGCACAGCUACUCCUAUGGUACAAAGCAAACGCCAAAGCGGUCGACCAUGAAGGACGUACAUGUCUGCAACACGUUCGGGCGGCUUGUCGCGCCGGCUCGACGUCCAUCCAAGACGCCGGACCGUUGACCGAGCUCCUAGUGCAAAACGGUUGUCCCGAAAGUGGUACUAGCACGCUAACGAGACCACUGGAUAUCCUUCCGUCCAGCGUCAUCUGAUUCCUUUUUACAGUGUAUUACUAUAUUAUAAUAUGAAGAUAGGAAAAACCACUGUGAUAAACUAAUGAUAUUUUAUAAAUAUUAUAUUGUACUACCCAUCAACACGUCCGUGUGUGUCUAGUCGUUUGUUUAAUUUGCUCGUACCAGGGUAACGACACAAUUUUAGCAAAUGGCCGGUGACCGUAUCACCUCAUCCGUUUCCUGUAUUAUUAUUUUUAUUAUUGUUUAUAUUUUAUAAAAAAAAACGACAAUUGCGUUAGCAGCUUAUUAUUAUUAUGAUUAUAUAUAUAUAUAGACUUAGUAAAAGUAUCAUAUUUUAAUAUAUAAAUGUAUAUGUAUAAAUAUGUGUUGUAUAGUAUUGUGUACAUUAGAUGAGUUUUUAAAUACAGCAAAUUUUCUAUAUAUACGUACAAAUUGUGUAUUAGAUAAUAUGACUUGUUUGUAAAUGUAAACAGUACACAUUAUAGUACUUAGUGUAUAU